AUGGGGAAGAUUGUAUUCUUUGAGGAUAAAAAUUUCCAAGGCCGAAGCUAUGAGUGCAGCACUGACUGCCCUGACCUGCGCUCUUACUUCAGCCGCUGCAACUCCAUUAAGGUGGAGAGUGGCUGCUGGGUGCUGUACGAGCGUCCCAACUACACUGGCAACCAGUACAUCCUGAGCCCCGGGGAAUACCCUGAUCACCAACAGUGGAUGGGAUUCAAUGAUAGCAUCAAGUCAUGCCGCUCUAUCAAAAAUGUAUAUGGAAAGUCCUGGAAGAUCAGAUUCUACGACAAGCAGGAUUUCGGAGGCCAAGCAGCAGAGUGUGUUGAGGAUUGCCCAUCGGUUUACGAGGCCCUCAAGUUCCGGGAGUUCCACUCCUGUGUGGUGAUGGAUGGUGCGUGGGUCCUCUUUGAGCAGCCCAACUACCAUGGACACCAGUACUUCCUGGAACGUGGCGAGUACCCCAACUAUACAGACUGGGGCGCCACUUCCCCUGCUGUGGGAUCCUUCCGCAUGAUAACAGAGUUCUAG